GCGUCAUCAAGCCGCUUCUCUAAUCUUUGCAAAACUCGCAGACUUGGCUGUCUACAUGUUGAGCUUGAAACUUGGAUGCCUUAAUUGUGGUCGCUGGGCUUUGGCGUCGAUUCUCCGGGCUAGAUAGGCUUCCUGGGGUUGCGCCAUUCUCCAACACCAUUGAUCCUCCGCUCUGCGCCCGUCUCGUCCACACUUACCUGGCCAGAAUGUCCGCUGUCGACGAGGCCCAAUUGGACGAGGCCGCGGCCCUCGCCGGCCUCACCGAGAAUGUGCGCGACCAGGAUGAGCUUGCGCGCGACAUCACGCACCAGGCCAAUCUCGCUCUCAUAGAUGCCGAGGACGAAAAGGACCAGAAGCGCAUUGUCAAGGCCGAAGCCGACCAGAAAAAGCUUUCUGAAAAGCUCCAAGCCCUCCUUCGCAAGGCCGAGAGCCGUGGCCUCCCUGCCGCAACCAUCCAGCGCACCCGCAACGAGAUUGAGGAAACCAAGGCCGCCAUAGCCCAGAUCGACAGGGACAUCCUGGACCUGAGCCAGCGCAUCCAGCAAAGACACAAGGAAGAGGGCGCCGCCGGCCCCUCGGACGGCAAAGGGACCAAGAAGCUGACGGGCGAGACACAGCGGGACUACCUCAUCCGGACUGGCAAGAUCACGCCUUUUGCAAAGUUCGGCGGACCAAGGCCCCAAGGUGUCGAGGGAGAGCUCGCAGACGCCAUCAUCGAGGCAGAGGAUGAGGCCACCGCAGUGCAGCUGGAAAAGGGCGAUGACGAUCGGGGUCCUCGGUCGCACCAGAACCUGCGCGCCCCCGGCUUUGCCGACAGCUCCGAGCCACCAUCGGCCCCCUCGGCCCCAUCGGCCCCAUCGGCCGCAGAGUCCGAGUUUUCGCUUCGGCCCCGUAAGAAGCGCAAGGUUGCCGCGUCUUCUGCCGCCUCCGAUGAUGACUUUCAGCCGUCAUCAGGGCCCGCGUCUCCCCAGGAUGCCGCCUCGGAUGCUGUUUACGACAGCGCAGACAUGACUGCCACCCCGGUCAAGUCAAAGCGCAAAAAGGCCAAAAGGAGCGCCGCAGCAUCCGAGGAGGAUGAAGUCACUGUCGAUCUUAGUGGGAUAGACGACGGGAACGAGGGCGUCUACCGGAAGAGGCUGUCUACGUGGGUCGAGCGGAGGAGGAAUGCUCGGCUGCGUCGUCAGAUUGCCCGCGGCGAGGAGGCUGUGGACGACAAGUCCAUCGAUGAGUGGUUCAAACCUUCGCCGGACCAGCCGGACCAUGAGUUUGACAACGGGCUCAAGCUCCCGGGCGACAUAUACCCAGCCCUGUUUGAUUACCAAAAGACUGGAGUGCGUUGGCUGUCCGAGCUCUUCGAGCAGAAUGUCGGCGGCAUUGUUGGCGACGAGAUGGGGCUGGGCAAGACAGUCCAGCUGAUAUCCUUCGUGGCCGCCCUUCACUACAGCCAAAAGCUCACCCGUCCCGUCAUCGUCGUGGCCCCGGCCACCCUAUUGCGGCAAUGGGUAAAUGAGUUUCAUCGAUGGUGGCCCCCGCUUCGAGUAUCCAUCCUACACUCCUCCGGCAGUGGCAUGCUUGAUGUUCGGAGCGAGGGUCGCUUGGAGGACGAUGAGCUUUCGUCUAGCGAUGAGGAGGCGCCCAAGAAGAAGCGGGGCGCGAAGGCGGCAAAGAAGAUUGUCGACCGCGUCGUCAAGGACGGUCACGUCCUCGUGACCACAUACGCUGGUCUGCAAGCCUACGGUGGCAUCCUGAUCCCGGUGGAGUGGGACUAUGCCGUGCUGGAUGAGGGCCACAAGAUCCGGAAUCCAAACACUGCCCUCACCGUGUAUUGCAAGGAGCUUCGAACGGCCAACAGGGUCAUCCUUUCUGGCACGCCCAUUCAGAACAACCUCGUCGAGUUGUGGUCCCUCUUUGACUUUAUAUAUCCCAUGCGUCUCGGCACCCUCCAUGAGUUCCGCAACAACAUCGAGAUACCCAUCCGGCUCGGCGGCUAUGCCAACGCUACAAACCUGCAGAUCAUGACGGCCCAAAAGUGUGCCGAAACUCUCAAAGACGCCAUCAGCCCGUACCUGCUUCAACGCGUCAAGGCCGACGUCGCUGCCGACCUGCCAAAGAAGAGCGAACAGGUUCUGUUUUGCCGGCUGACCCAGAUCCAGAGGAGUGCCUACGAGCAGUUUCUUUCAUCAAAAGAAAUGGACCAGAUUCUGAAUGGCACUAGAAAGUCCUUCUUCGGAAUCGACCAGCUCCGCAAAGUCUGCAAUCACCCAGAUCUCCUCGACCCUAGCGUGCGUGGCGACCCGUCAUAUCGCUGGGGCAGUGCCAGCAAGUCGGGAAAAAUGCAGGUGGUCAAGGCUCUUUUGCACAUGUGGAAGCGCUUCGGCCACAAAACGCUGCUGUUUUCCCAGGGCACGCAGAUGUUGGACAUCCUGGAGGCCUUUGUGCGGCGACAAGAUGGUAUCCGAUACCUCCGCAUGGACGGCAGGACUCCCAUCAAAGAUCGUCAGACGCUAGUAGACCAGUUCAACAACACACCCGAGCUAGACAUCUUUCUCCUCACCACCAAGGUGGGCGGACUCGGAGUCAACCUGACGGGCGCCGACCGUGUCAUCAUCUUCGACCCGGACUGGAACCCGUCCACUGACGUCCAGGCCAGAGAGCGGGCGUGGAGGCUGGGCCAGAAGAAAGAAGUGACAAUCUACCGGCUCAUGACGGCCGGGACGAUAGAGGAGAAGAUCUACCAGCGGCAGAUCUUCAAGCAGUUCUUGACGAACAAGGUGCUCAAGGACCCCUCACAGCGCAACGGCUUCGCGACCAUGCAGGAUCUCCACAACCUCUUCACUCUGGCUUCCUACGAGGAGGGGAACACGGAAACGGGUAAAAUGUUCAAAGACAGCCAAGUCAAGGCAUCCGAAAACGCAGGCGCCCAGACAGGAGCACCUGCAACCAAGACCGGCGAGGCACCAGGGCCGACGAGCGUGAUAGCACCAGGCUCCGAUGCCUACCUGCUUCCCUCCCACCCAUUCAUGCAAAGAAACCCGUCUGCGGCCCCUGACAAGGCACAGCACAAGGACGACGAGGCGGAGCUGCGCGGCAUCGCCGGCGUGGCGGGCUUGGAGGCCUUCAAGGACGCGACCGCCACCGCCCCGGCCAAGGAGGAGGACCGCAUCAUGGAGGGCAUCUUCUCGCGCUCGGUUCACAGCGCGCUCGAGCACGACAACAUCAUGGACGGGCCCGGCGGCGGCGGCGGCGGCAGCAAGAAGCCCCAGGCCAGCCGCGAGUUCCUCCGCAGGGAGGCGGAGCGCAUCGCCUCCGACGCCGCCGCGUCCCUGAGGCGCGCCGCCGAGCAGGCCCGCAACGUCGAGCCGGGCAGGGUCACGUGGACCGGCGAGGUCGGAGAGGUCGGCCGGCCGGGAGGCGGCGGC